AUGCCCGCAUCACUCCCUCGUCCACUCUUCGGAGGCGCCAUUAGCCUUCCCGUCCCCGUCAGCUACAUUGAUGCGAGCGACCUGCGCCAGAUCCCGAGCAACCAGGAGGUGUUCCUCUCGCCCACAGACGACAUGAGCGUCAUCGUCGAAGUUCUUGGCCUCGUCGAGGACGGCGCAGCCAAGAAUGACCUGUGGGAGGCGGCAAAGUUCCACUUCGCCUCACUAGCGCACGACAAUGCCGCCCUCGCGUCGCACAUCAACACACCGGAGGAGAGCAUCCCUGCGCCUUCUCCCACCCAAGUGUCCCCUGCCGAGCUGGCAAACCUGCCCACGCCGAAACCUGUCCUGCUUGCCGGCACGCAGACGAUCCACAAGUUCUCGCAUGACCCGCGCGGCGGUCCACGGCCUGGACACGAAGCUGACACGCCCGACGACGUGUUCAUCGCGCUCGCGCUGUGGCGUAUCAACAUCCAAGUUGGGGGGAAGAGCAAGCGCGCUGACGUCGUCCUCUCGCUCAAUGUGCCUGCGUCUGUCGGGAAGGCGGAGCGCGACGCCGCCGAGGGCUGGUUCAAGGCCGCUGCGGGGGAGCUCAAGAUUGUCGAUUGGGGCCUGUUUGCUGAUGAGCCCUAG